CGGCAGCGGCGGCUCGGUGCAGUGGUGACGCGCGCGCCAGGUGACUGUGAUGUCACGGAUUUGUGUGGUUCUGGAUUCGGCUGGACAAGAUGGCGGCCUCCACAGGAGUCAAAGUUCCUCGUAAUUUCCGCUUGUUGGAAGAGCUUGAAGAGGGACAGAAAGGAGUAGGAGAUGGUACUGUCAGCUGGGGUCUUGAAGAUGAUGAAGACAUGACACUCACAAGAUGGACAGGCAUGAUCAUUGGACCGGCAAGGACUAACUAUGAAAACAGAAUAUACAGUCUCAAAGUAGAGUGUGGACCUAAAUAUCCAGAAGUACCACCAACUGUUAGAUUUGUAACAAAAAUUAGUAUGAAUGGGAUAAAUAAUUCCAAUGGGACGGUGGAUGCUCGUAGCAUACCAAUUCUAGCUAAAUGGCAAAAUUCCUAUAGCAUUAAAGUUGUUCUUCAAGAGCUGCGGCGUCUAAUGAUGUCCAAAGAGAAUAUGAAGCUUCCACAGCCGCCAGAAGGACAGACCUACAGCAAUUAAUUCUAAUAGAUUCUUACGACCCUCUGUCUUAAACCUUAUUCUCCUAAAAUGUCUUGUAAAUUUCCACAAUGCUUACCACCCACACAAUGAAAUUCAUCAGCAGAUGCAGGAUUGGGACAUCUCUGUUAGUCAAGUAAAAACAAAAUGUUGGCCCAUUAUGUGAGGCACGGUUUAAAAUAAUAAUAAAAAAAAGAAUAGAACUGCACAAAAUUAUUUUCUUCUUUAUUCAAGACACUGUUUUGGAUCAUAAGCUUGAAUUGUGAAAGUUGGGCUUUUUAUUUUGGAGAGAAGCAUGACACAAAAAGGUCAGGUUAUUGCAGAGCUAUAUAUGUUAAGUUAAAAAUACUGGUCUCAAUAAGAAAAAUAGGAUGUGUAUAUAAUGGCAUGCUUUAAAAAACCCAUCUUAUUAAAAGAGCUGCAAAUUAAGUUCUAUGUUAGUGAAAUCUAGCAGGUACACUGACUCAUGUUGCAAAUUUUGUUCAUGAAUAUUAGUUCCAAGUGUGGGUGUAGACUACUAGUAGUGUCACAGAGUGUUAAGGGUUGUUUUUGAUACCUGUAUUUAUGACAAAAACCGAUCAUUUCUGUAAAGCAGCUCUUAUAUGUGACAUGUAACAGACAUUGCAGAUAUUUGUUUACAGUCUUUGUUCUACUAAAAAAAAAAUAAACUUGCAUUUAACUUUUAGUGAAAAAAAUAAGACAAUAGGUGUAUGGAAAUGUGAUUUUCUGAGAUUAAAACCAGUCUCUGAGAUUUAAGUAUGGACUUUUCCUUUUUUCCCUUCAAAACAGGAUUAAACAGUUUAUAUUUGUUUUAGAAAGAGGCUUGCAAAUUUUUUUUGCAUUGCACAAAGGGGUGUGAAUUCAGUUACAAAGCUUUAGAGCCAUUUGAUCCAGUACUAUAGAUAUCUAAAUCUUUAAACGUUUAACUCCAGGUAGGUGGGCAAUCUGUAACAAAAACUUUAAAUGAGUAGUUGUGCACAGGCAUUACCAUUAGCCAGGAGAAAAUAAUAUGUGAGUUUCAAGUUAAGAAAUUUGUUGUCUAGUAAGAGAAACCCCUUUUGCUAAAACAGAACAAAAGUAUUUUCAAGGACCUAUAAAGACUGCUGUUUUGUUGUUUUUAUGUGCUGUUAACAAUUUUAACAUCUUGAGAACCUUUAGAAAUUUUGGCAUUUUCUGUUUAAUGAUGAAAAUCACUGUCUCUGAAAAAAGGCAAGAGAUAGGUUGCAGUAAAUGUCUGAAGAAUUGGUGUUUUCCCCUGCUUCCAUGGCUAAUGUUAGGUAAUCAUUUAUUGACUUAUUGUUUGAGAUGCCUGUGCAAAUGUGACUAUACAUUACAGUUUGAUCUGUCUUAGCGAUAUUGUCCCCCCUGUUGAGUGAAUCACUUAACCAGUGAGGUGCCUGGAAUCUUUGUAACAAUGGUCAUUGCUCUUGAAUCCAGGGGAGGAAAAUAAAGCUUUCUGUAGUUACUGAAACCAGUAAUAGUUUUUUUUUAAAAGACAACGUGCCAUAAAUUCACUGAGCUUUGGAAUGUGAAAAAGAUGUUAAAGCACACCAUCAAACCAGAUUAGGUGGGUGUCAAUUUAAUGAUUUCCAUGUAAUGUUGGCAUUUAACUUCGUGUUGGUUGAGUCACCCCAUUUUCAUCAUUUCUGGGAGAGAGCAUUAUAACAACCACAAUUCCUAAAUGAGCUUUAAAGUUCUAGUUUUUGGUUUUUAUUUGGAAUUUUGUUUUUGCUUUUUAAUGCCGGUAUUCGAAUUUUAAUAGUAUUACAUUUUUUUUGUUCCUGUGCCAGUGUAUCACAAUUUUAACUUUGGGGCCAAAUUAAUUUCAAAUAAAUUGUUCAAAAUCUUCUCAUCCUUA